AAGGAUUGGGGGGUAAUGGACGGCAAUUCUGCGGAGGCUGAACGGUGGCUGUCCAUAGCUGAGAAACUGUUGGUGGCGCGUGAUUUGCACGGGACCCGAACCUUCGCCAUCCGAGCCCGUGAAUCGGCCCCUAUCCUUGCCGACCAAAUACUUGCGGUGACGGACACUCUCUUAACGGCGCAAUCUAAUCCUCAUGAUUGGUACGGGAUCCUCCAACUCGUUCCUUUAACUCAGUCCAUGGAAGUCGUGGCGAGUCAGUACAGGAAACUCGCCCUUCUUUUGAAUCCUGGGAGGAACAGGCUUUCUUUCGCAGAUCAGGCGUUUCGAUUCGUUUCUGAAGCUUGGAAUGUGUUGUCCAACCCUUCUAAGAAGGCCAUUUACGAUAACGAGUUGAGGUUCCUUCAGUUUGGUCAGGUGAGUCAACUCGAUCAACAACAACAACCAAUCUUCAGCCACAGCAGCUACCGCAAACGCAGACUCUGUUCAUGCAGCCGCCUCCUGCGCCGAAGGAAACCCAAUCGCUGUUCAUGCAAACUCCACAGAAAGAAACGACGACGCAAGUUACUCAACAGCUUUUCACGAGAAGAAGCCCUAGAAGUACUGAUAGAGAUGGGCAUGGUGCUUUAGAAGGAGAAGGGCAGUUGGGUCUAAAUAACAAGCCGC